AUGCACACUGCUGGCCCGCCAUCAACUAGUCUGCCGGCGAGGCUGCCCACGAACCUCAUGGCAGACUCGACUGCUGCCUUGCCCGGACGGUUGACGGGCGCACCAGGAGCGUCAACAGGAGUGUCCACAGGAGUGUCAACAGGCGCGUUACCAGGAGCGUCCUCAAAUAUGUACGCAGGACCGACCCGCCAUACUCUUGUCGAGUCGUAUGUGCCUGCACCGCUGCGCAUCGAGAAGAAGCCGGCGAUCCAGACGACUCAAGCACAGACAGCGCAGACAGCAGUCGCACAACCACAGCAGGCGACGAUCCAGACAGCAACACCACCCAUGCAGUCGACCCAGGAUUUUGUGCGCCGCACCGACCGGAGCAUGGCCCGCCAGCAAGCCCAGGAGGCCGUGAUGCAGCAGCAGCAGCAACAACAACAAAACUACGGCCAUCAGCCACAACAGCAGCAGCAGCAGUAUGCCCAUCAACAACAACAGCAGCAACAGCAGUACGCCCAUCAGCAACAGCAGCAGCCACAGUACUCCUUGUACCAACCGCGCCGGCCGGCACCCGCCCACGCCCCUGCCCACCCUCAUCCGCACCACAGCCACCUCCGCGGCCCCAACAGCGCUCCCUUCCAGUGGCAGCGCCCGGCCCUCCUCAAGCCGACCAAGGUAGCCCCGGCCCGCCCGCGCGCGCCGGGGGAGAUGUUUGCCGCGCUGCCAGGCGAGGUCUUGGAGCUCAUUCUGGACGAGCUCAAGAAGUCGCACAUGGAGGACGGCCAGAGCUGCGCGACGUGCUGGAUGCGCGACGCCUGCGCGAUGGCGGUGACGGCGCGCAAGAUGCUCAAGUACGCGCGGGUGGCGCUGUACGAGGGCAUCGAGCUCGCGGGCGCCGAGGCCGUGCACGCGCGGCACGCGCCCAAGGCGAAGAAGCUCAAGUCGCCAAAGGAGCGAGACGAGGCCGCGCAGCAGCAGGCCCGCCGCCUGCUCGCCGACUCGCGCCUGUCGCUGCUGCUGCGCACGCUGGAGGCGAGCCCGCCGAUUGCAGCGAUUGUGCGGACGCUGCGCGUGCCGCCAGCCUUUGCGUCCGACGUGCUGCUGACGGCGCCCACGGCGUCCGUGGCACCCGUGGCGGCCGACGCGUACGAGGCCCUUGUCGCGUCCGUGGUGCAGGCGUGCCCCAACCUCGAGCGCGUGCUGGGCUACUACCCGGCCUACGACCACAACGCCGCGCACGGCCGGUACGCCGCGGCCCUGGCCUCGCGCACGCGCCUCAAGGAGAUGACCUGGGUGGUGGCCCCGCUGCUGUCGCAGGAGCAGCGCGAGCAGCACGCGCGGGCGCAGCGCGAGCACGAUUUGCAGCAGCAGCAGCCGAAGCCGCGCGCCCGCGGCAAGUCGUUUUCGCACAUGCGCCGUCCGGUGUUGCUACCGUCGCCGCCCGUGUCGCCGCGCCUGGCCCAGGACGACGGGUUCGCCGAGCGGAUGCGGCCGCGCACGGGUUCGCCUGACGCUGAUGGGACGCCAUUUUCGUCGUCUUCCUCUUCGUCCGCCAUCGCCCUCGCGCCGCGCCAGAGCGCCCGCUUCCUCAACCACCACAUCCACUGGCAGUACCUGUCGACGCUCGCCGUACACUGCCUCCCCGGCGCCACGCUGACGCCCUCGACGCUGCUGGUCGACGCCCUCAUGUACCUGCCGGCCCUGCAGAACCUGUACCUGUCGCAUCUGCCCGCCGCCGCGUUCGACGACGCCAGCCUGCUGGCGCUGCCGCCGCUCAAGAAGCUCGCGCUCGUGCACCUGCCCGGCGUCACCGCGCAGGGCCUGUCGACCCUGGCCACGCGCGGCACCAGCCGGUCGCUGACGGACGUGUCGCUCGUCCACGUCGGCGACGCCGGCAACAUGCCCAAUCUGCCCGCGCUCGCGCGCCUGCUCAGCAAGCUCGACAAGCUGACGUCGCUGUCGCUCGUGCAGGCGCAGGCGCCCGCGCUGCCGUCGGGCGACGUCAUCUGGCUGUUUCCCUACCUGGCGUCGCCGUCCCUCGAGAAGCUGCACUGGGACGUGCCGACACCCACGCCUGUGCCAGCGGCAGCGGCAGCGGCAGCGGCAGCGCCCUCCGAGAGCCCCUUUGGUGCGCCCCUGGCCGGAGACGUCGUCCUCGCCCGCAGCAUCGCCGCCCAGGGCUUCCCGCGGCUACGCCAGCUGCGCACGCCCAACGACCCAGAGGGCCUCUUCCAGGCGCUGUGCCGGCCGCAGGAGCGCGUCGUUCUCGCCAAAGACCGCUACCGGGGCGCGGGGACUACCUACCCCAGUGCAUUCACGUCACCAGCAGGGACCACGUCGACGCCUCCCUCGGCCGCGGGCGGCCACCGCCAACGCGACUCCGAGUCGUCCCUCUUUUCGGCGUCGUUUGGCACGCACUCGCGCACCAACAGCACCGCGUCCUUUACGUUUGGAAAGUCGUCGGCCGCGUCGUCGCCGUCGUCGUCGCCGUCGUCGUCGUCUACGUCGAGUGCGGCGUCGUCCGCCUCGAGCGCGUCCUCCACGGCGUCCGCGCCGCCCACCGCCGAAUGGACCUGCACCCACCUGGGCGCGGCCCGCGUGGCCGCCCAGGCGCGCAUCGACGCGUCGCGCCGCGCGCCGCGCAUGCUCGUGCACGUCACCGACGAGCACGGCCGCCUGGUCGACCAGUACGGGCUGGCCGGGUUUGUCGGGACCGUCGGCAGCCCCAUCACGUACCACCUGCUGCCGGACACGGGCGCGUCGGACGAGAAGGGCGGGCUGGUGGACGUGCACGAUGUCUUGUGCGGCGGCGGCGCCGGCGGCGGAGGCGCUGCCACCGAGGCUGACGACGCCGUCGCAACAAAGAACAAGACGGACAAGAAAAAGGAGGCCACGUCAGACGCGAACGCCUCCAUCGCCGCCUCCGCCUCUUCGACAGAAGGCUGCACGGGCCAGUGGAACGCCAACUGGGAGCUUCCGCAGAAAAAGGACCGCGCGCGCUGGUGGCACACGGAGCGCCCACGGCCGCGCGCGGUGACGUUGUUUUAG